CAUACAGGUCAGUCCCUAAAAAAAGGGAAAUGUACGAGUAAUCACGCUAUGGCAUGUAGGUGAUCACGCCAGAUGCAACACACAUUCCACAGUAGAGGAAUAGCAAAUUACGUCGUGUAAUCAAGAUGACAGACCACGGCUAUAAAAGCGAAGGUGGAAGUGGGAAGUUUGUCGCAGCCAUGUCCUGUCCGUUUCUACGCGAGCCACCCAUUGCGGAAGGUGCAAGAGUGAUAAGGAGAGUGUUCAGAAUCCAACGUAUAUUGCGGGAUAGACAGGAUCCUUUAGCACAGCGCGACAGUGUGCUCAUAGAGAGAUACCGAUUUUCCCGUGAGGGUAUCAUCUACCUAACCAACUUGCUGGAUCCCCAUGUUAAGAGUACCACCCACCGUAGUCGGGCAUUAACAACUGCACAAACUGUGUGCAUUGCCUUGCGCUACUUUGCGAGUGGCACGUUCCUGUACACUUGUGGAGACGCAGAGAACGUUGGGAAAAGUGCCGUCUGCCGGGCCAUUCGCAAAGUGUACCUGGCACUCAAGCAUUUCCUGGGUGUGUUUGUGGUUUUUCCAAGCCACUUAAGACCACAGGUCGUCAAACAGGGCUUUUUCGCCAUUGCAGGUACAGUAAAUUGGAUAGUGAAUGUGAUGCAAUCAUGACCUAUGUCGGUAACUGUAGCUCCAACGUCCGCAGGCUUCCCGAAUGU